GGUGGGGCCCCCCCUCCAGCCCCUCCCACCGCCCAGAGCCUGGCUGGGGAGUCACUCCUCCCUUCUCCUCCUCUCUCUCUCUCCCUCUCCAGCUCUCAAAACUUUCCAAGUUUGGAUUAACUGAACGGGGGCUCCUCCAGGACGCAGGACAUCUGAGCCCCCACUUUUCCUAAACGUGCCCCCCAACCCCCGGUUCUUUAAAGGAGGGGACAGACAACACCGCCAUGCAUUGAUGGGGAGAAUUGCUUUCUCGCAGGGUCUUGACGCCGUUCCAGAGGCGCUGUGAGUUCUGCUAAACUGGGGGGGCCGCCAGGCCGGGGUCAGAGACCUCCACCCGCCACCAGCAUGAAUCUUGCCUCGGGAUUAACACUGCUGCUCCCCCUUGCCAACCUUGUCUACUUGCUACUGGUGGGCUGCACCGCUGAAAGUCCCCCCGAGUUCAUCAAGAAUCCUGUGGACCAGAUUGGGGUCUCUGGAGGGGUGGCGUCCUUCGUCUGCCAAGCGAGGGGAGACCCCAAGCCCCGCGUCACCUGGAACAAGAAGGGGAAGAAAGUGAACUCCCAGAGGUUUGAGACGAUUGAGUUUGACGAAGGUGCCGGCGCUGUCCUGAGGAUCCAGCCGCUCCGCACCCCCAGGGACGAAAACAUUUACGAAUGCGUUGCCCAGAACUCCGUGGCAGAGAUCACCGUCAACGCCAAACUGACUGUCCUGAGAGAGGACCAGCUGCCUUCGGGCUUCCCCAUCAUCGACAUGGGACCCCAGCUGAAAGUGGUGGAGCGCACCAGGACCGCCACCAUGCUCUGCGCGGCCAGUGGGAACCCAGAUCCAGAGAUCACGUGGUUCAAAGAUUUCCUGCCCGUCGACCCCAGCGCCAGCAACGGAAGGAUAAAGCAGCUGAGAUCAGACACCUUUGAAGGUACUCCGAUCCGAGGUGGCCUUCAGAUCGAAAGCAGCGAAGAGACCGACCAGGGGAAGUACGAGUGCGUGGCCAGCAACAGCGCCGGCGUGCGCUACUCCUCACCCGCAAACCUAUAUGUGAGAGAGCUACGAGAAGUGCGUCGCGUGGCCCCUCGCUUCUCCAUCCCUCCCUCCAGCCACGAGAUUAUGCCUGGAGGCAACGUCAACAUCACCUGCGUGGCGGUGGGCUCCCCCAUGCCCUACGUCAAGUGGAUGCAGGGGGCGGAAGACCUGACGCCGGAGGACGACAUGCCCGUGGGGCGGAACGUCCUGGAACUGACGGAUGUGAAGGACUCGGCCAACUACACUUGCGUGGCCAUGUCUAGCCUGGGUGUCAUCGAAGCCGUGGCACAGAUCACUGUGAAAUCGCUCCCCAAAGCUCCAGGAACCCCCAUAGUGACGGAGACGACCGCGACGAGCAUCACCAUCACAUGGGAUUCGGGGAACCCCGACCCCGUGUCCUACUACGUAAUCGAGUACAAGUCGAAGAGCCAGGAUGGGCCCUACCAGAUCAAGGAAGACAUCACCACCACCCGCUACAGCAUCGGGGGGCUCAGCCCCAACUCGGAGUACGAGAUCUGGGUGUCGGCCGUCAACACCAUCGGCCAGGGGCCGCCCAGCGACCCCGUGGUGAUGCGGACAGGGGAGCAGGCGCCGGCCAGCGCCCCCCGCAACGUCCAGGGCCGGAUGCUGAGCGCCUCGACCAUGAUCAUCCAGUGGGAGGAGCCCGUGGAGCCGAACGGUCAGAUCCGCGGCUACAGGGUCUACUACACCAUGGAGCCAGACCAGCCGGUCAGCAAUUGGCAGAAGCACAAUGUCGACGACAGCCUACUGACCACCGUCAGCAGUCUCCUGGAGAUGGAAACCUACACCGUUCGGGUCCUGGCUUUCACUUCCGUGGGAGACGGGCCACUCUCGGACCCGAUCCAGGUCAAAACCAAGCAAGGAGUUCCCGGUCAACCCAUGAACUUCCGUGCAGAAGCCAAGAGCGAUAGCAGCAUUUUGCUGACCUGGAGUCCUCCCCGCCAGGAUAUCAUAUUGAAGUAUGAGCUGGUUUUCAAAGACGCCACACAGGCAAAACCCGAGACGAGGACCUUUGACCCUGUGACCUCGUUCACCGUGAGAGACCUGAAGCCGAACACAGAGUAUGUCUUCAAACUGGCUGCUCGCUCGGCCUUGGGCAUUGGGGCCGAAACCCCGGAGGUCAGGGAGCGAACCCUGCAGGCUAAACCGUCCGCCCCCCCUCGAGACGUAAAAUGUGUCAGCACCAGAUCCACGGCCAUUCUGGUAAGUUGGCGGCCCCCUCCAGCCGAGAGCCAAAAUGGCGUCUUGAACGGAUAUAGCGUUCGCUACCGAGCCCUGGACUCAGAGGACACGGAGCCGAGAGAGGUGACCAACAUUCACGCAAGCACCAAUCACAUCCUCCUGGAAUCGCUGGAGAAGUGGACCGAAUACCGCAUCACUGUGGUGGCGCACACGAUGGUGGGAUCCGGGCCAGAAAGCUCACCGGUCAUCGUCCGCACCGACGAAGACGUGCCCAGUGCCCCGCCACGCAAAGUGGAAGUGGAGGUUCUGAAUUCGACCGCCAUCCAAGUGUCCUGGCGCUCGCCGCUCCAGAACCGCCAGCACGGGCAGAUUCGCGGCUACCAAGUACACUACAUCCGAAUGGAGAACGGGGAAGCCAGCGGUCUACCCCAGAUCAAAGACGUGAUGCUGGCUGAUGCGCAGUGGGAAACCGAUGACACUGCAGAAUACGAAAUGAUCAUCGCUGGGUUGCAGCCAGAGACUGCCUAUUCCAUCACUGUGGCUGCCUAUACCAUGAAAGGCGACGGCGCCCGCAGCAAACCCAAGGUGGCCGUGACCAAGGGGGCAGUCCCAGGGAAGCCGAUCCUGUCCGUCCACCCGACUCAAGAAAAUGCCCUGCUGGUCAAGUGGGAGCCUCCUCUGGACGCAGAGGGUCAGGUGCUAGGCUACCGCUUGCAGUUCGGCCGCAGGGACGUUGACCCCUUGGCGACGCUGGAAUUCUCCUCGGAGGAGGACAGGUACACGGCCACCAACAUCCACCGAGGGGCCACUUACGUCUUCAAGCUGGCCGUCAAAAGCCGGUCCGGCUUCGGGGAGGAAGCGGUCCAGGAGCUCACCAUCCCAGAAGACGUGCCCAAGGGGUACCCGCAGAUCCUCGAGGCCAGCAACAUCACCUCCAAGUCGGUGCAGUUCCACUGGAUGCCCCCGGUCAUGGCGGAGAGGAACGGGGUCAUAGUGAAGUACACCGUGGCCUAUCGCGAGGCCGCGUCUUCCGGGAGCCCGCAGGAGAAGGAUCUCCCUCCGUCUCCCGAGAACUCGUACACGCUGAAUGGCCUCAAGCCCAACACGGCCUACGAUGUUAAAAUCCGAGCCCACACCAGUAAAGGUCCGGGGCCGUACAGCCCUUCUGUCCAAUACCGGACGUUCCUCCUGGACCAAGUUUUCCCCAAAAACUUCAAAGUGAGGAUGCUGACCAAGACGUCCGUUCUCCUAGGAUGGGAGUUCCCCGAGAAUUACAAUUCUGCCGUUCCGUACACGAUCCAGUACGAGGGCAAAGAGAUCGAGGUGGACGGCCGUGCCACUAAGAAGCUCAUCACAAACCUGAGACCUCACACGUUGUACAGGUUCAUCCUGAAAGGUCCCAAGGGCACCUUGGGGAACCUCCAACAGCAGGUGGAGGUUUCGACGGCAGCCAACCUGCUCAGCCGGAAGCCGGAGGUGACCUACAGACACGACCUGGACGGGAGCAUCGUGGUGAACCUACCGGAAGUGAAAGGCUCAGAUUCACCUGCGCAGGCAUACUACAUCGUGGUCGUUCCCCUGAAGAAAUCCAAAAGCGGCCAGUUUCAGAACAUAUACCACAGUCCGGAAGAGAUGGACUUGGAGGAGUUGAUCCAGAUCUCGCGGCUGCAACGCCGCAGCCUCCGCCACUCCCGCCAGCUGGACCUCCACAAGCCCUACAUCGCAGCCCGCUUCAACACCCUGCCCUCCUACUUCAUCCUCGGGGACUUGAAGCGCUACGAGGGCUUUGAGAACAAAGCCUUGGAACCCGGUCAGAAGUACGUCAUUUUCGUCCUGGCUGUGCUGCGGGCCUCCGAUCCGUUAUACGCCGCCAGCCCCUUUUCGGACCCGAUCCAGAUAGACAACCCGGACCCACAGCCAAAGAUUGACGGCGAGGAGGGACUGAUCUGGGUGAUCGGACCGGUCUUGGCCGUGGUCUUCAUCAUCUGCAUCGUCAUCGCAAUCCUCCUCUACAAAAACAAACCAGACAGCAAACGAAAAGACUCAGAGCCACGCAUCAAAUGUAUGCUCAACAACGCAGAGAUCACCCCUCACCACCCCAAGGAUCCUGUGGAGAUGCGGCGGAUCAACUUCCAGACCCCAGAUUCUGGGCUGAGCAGUCCCCUCAGUGACCCUGAGUUUGACCUUGAAAGUAUGCUGAGCCACCCACCCAUCCCCAUUUCGGAGCUGGCAGACCACACGGAGCACCUCAAGGCCAACGACAACCUGAAGCUCUCUCAGGAGUACGAGUCCAUUGACCCGGGUCAGCAGUUCACUUGGGAACACUCCAACCUCGAGGUGAACAAGCCGAAAAACCGCUACGCCAAUGUGAUCGCCUACGACCAUUCCCGCGUCAUUUUGCUGCCCAUUGAAGGAAUCGUGGGCAGCGACUACAUUAACGCCAACUACAUCGACGGCUACCGUAAGCAAAAUGCGUACAUCGCUACGCAGGGGCCCCUUCCGGAGACUUUUGGGGACUUCUGGAGGAUGGUGUGGGAGCAGCGCUCAGCCACGGUGGUGAUGAUGACCAAGCUGGAGGAGAAGUCGCGGGUGAGGAAAACGCACACGCCUUUUCGGUGGGGAAGGGGCAACUGCUUGGGCUGUGGAGGGAGAGUGGGAGGGAAAAGCAAUACAGUUAAAUUAAAAUCUUUUAUUCAUCCUCCACAGGCAGGGCCAGCUUGGCUGCAGAGGAAACGCCAGCCAGCUGGGGGCUUGAAAGAACCCAAAUCAAAUUUGCUCAAGUCUACAGCCAUCGCUCAGCUCUCAAAAAUCUCGCUUUCCUGCUUACAGGAUUCAAACUCAAUUUCGUUCCUUUGCAUUUCCCCCCAGCCUAACAGAGACGUGUUGUGUUUUUCCCUCCCUCUCCCCGUUCUCCACCCCCAGGACGGCCAGUCGCGGACCGUGCGCCAGUUCCAGUUCACGGACUGGCCAGAGCAAGGCGUGCCAAAGUCCGGCGAAGGCUUCAUUGAUUUCAUCGGGCAGGUGCAUAAAACCAAGGAGCAGUUUGGCCAAGACGGGCCCAUUUCCGUCCACUGCAGCGCCGGCGUGGGCAGGACCGGCGUCUUCAUCACCCUCAGCAUCGUCCUGGAGAGAAUGCGCUACGAGGGCGUGGUGGACAUCUUCCAGACGGUGAAGAUGCUUCGGACGCAGAGGCCUGCCAUGGUGCAGACAGAGGAUGAAUAUCAGUUCUGCUACCAAGCGGCUCUGGAGUACCUGGGCAGUUUUGAUCACUAUGCAACAUAAAACAAAGCAAAACGCCGACUCUGAAACAGAAAAAAACAAAACAAAAAACAAAGCCAUCCGUUGCACGGACUCUGACCACUUGCAGUCCUGGAAGGUCUUUUCGAGCCAGAGAGGUGAACUUUGACCUUUUUCUAUUAGGAAAAAAAGAGAGAAAAAGAAAAUCGCAGACUGAAUUCCGAAGGAAGCUGCCGCCUGUGCCCGCUCAGCCCCCGACCUGUUUUUGGAUGCUAAAGUGGGGGGGGACGGACAAUCAGCUAGUGAAGCGGCCAGCAGUUCCGCACGCCCCCCCCCAGCAAACCUUGCACCUCUCUCCUGCCCUGAGGCGGCUCAAACAGAGGGUGCCCCCCCUUCCCCAUUUUCUCUUUAAAAGUGGUGAACUUGUCGUUCUUACCUCAUGUGGUGUUUGCGGCGUGGGGGGGGGCGGUGCCAGACGGGCCCCAAUUGCUUCGGCGGGAUUUUUGAAACAAACAAAUGUCCGAGAGAGAGAGAGAGGGAAAGAGAGCGCCCCCCCACACACACACCCCUUGAAAGCGGCCAAACGGAAGAACGAACCAGGCGGGGGCCGGCAAGGAAUGACAAGCAUGGCCCCUGCCACACUCGCGUUUUAAGAGUUUGGUUUGCAUACUAAUCUAGUUGGUGAGUUUUAGAGGAAGCCACUUGCAGGGUUGUUGUUGUUUUUUGCAGACAGGAACAGAGAGAGAGAGAGAGAAAGAAAGAGAGUUUGGGACAGAAAGCAAGAAUCAGCCAGCCUUGAGCACCAACUGAGCCAAUCUUUCACCCAGCAAGCAUUCUCUUUCAUUUUAUUUUGGAGGGGAUUGCAACCUCUGAUUUCAAUGGUGGAUAUAUGUUUUGCCAACCUGCAGAAAGGUGGGGUGUGCGCAGUGCUUUUUCUGGGGGUACACAAGGGGUACACCGUACCAGCACCAUUUUUUCCUGGAAGAAAAGCACUGGCUGUGGGAUUCCCCAAACACACACAGUCAUGUAUCUCUCACCUUUUGAAAACUCGGAACAUUCCACAUCCUUAUGAUUCCACGGUUUUUUUAUGUCGAAAUAAAAACUGCAAUAAGGAGCUGUCAGGGACCCAAAAUGUCUCUUGAUCAGGAAAACUCUCUCCCUUCUUCUUCCUCCUCCACAAACAUCCUUUUUCACUUGACCCCCUUCCCCACACAAAAUUAACCCUGCAUCUGUUCGGUUUCAUUUCAACUCCCUUAAAAGGGGCAGCCUUUUACUCUCACGGGUGGAGGUUAUGAAACACCUUUUUAAAAAUUAAAAAAAAAAAGGCCACAUGAUUCCAUUAGCACAUCAAAAGCUGACCUUUUUUCCCCUUUUCCUGUUGCAAAACCAUGUAUUUUUUUGUGGGGGUGUCUUUCGUGCCCUUCCCCAGCCCUUCCAUCACAUGCCAAAGAGAAAAAUGGUGAGUUUUUUCAGAGGCCCCUGGAACAGGAUGGAUCUUUUGAAAAAAGGGGAGGAUUUUUUUUGUUGUUGUUGUCAAGGCUUAUGGGACCAUCAACAGGGGAAAAGAUCAUCUCCCAUCUGCAGCCCACAGGCAGGACCCAGGACUUAUAGAAACGGGGGGGGGGGCGGGGGGGAGCUGGAGAGAACCUUGCAAGUGGGUCUCUUUAAAGAGAUGUUCAUGUAUCUCUAGCAAGUGGCAUUCAUAUUUUUUUUUAUUUUGAGUCUCUCUCUCUCUCUUUUUAAAAUAGUGUAUUUUUUUUUCCUUUUUAAAAAAAACAUGUAAAAAAAAUUACAGGAGAAUAUCAGUCAACGAAUUUACACACAAAAAAAGCAAAAAAAAAGCAAAUUACUUAUUUGUUCAUAUUAUGUUCAAAGACAGUCUAUUUUUUCACUGUAGAAACGUUAUGUGUAAUGGCUGUGUGAGAUAAGAUUGGGCGGGGAGGCGGGGAAUGACGUAUGAUUAUAAUUGCUGCUUUUACAUCUUGCGGUUUUUUUUACCGUUUUGAAAAGAAAUGAAGAAGAAGAAGAAGACGAAAGGUUUAACUUGCUCACAUACAAACAAACCUUCGCCGUUUUUCUUUUCUUUUUAAAAAAAGAAUUACGCUU